UGCCGUUGGCUCGUGUCUAGAUUCUAAGAUUCUAGACAUUUCCGCUCGUUUGCUUUACUCCGGGUCACAAAACGAGCGCACCCAUCCUCGCGGCCAACGCUCUUGUAACAAGUAGAAAGGACACGUUUCCCUGCAGCACUGUAGGCUGUUUAAUAUCGAUUUACGAUGUUUAGAAAGAGUGAUAAAGUAAAAUAUCUACUGAGCCUUGUUCCGGGCAAACAACGCCUCGGGACGUACAGGUUCCUCCCCGUCUUCUUCUGCAUCGGAGGCGUUAUGGAGUGGAUCAUGAUCAACGUGAGGAUAGGAAAAGAGACUUUCUAUGAUGUCUACCGAAGGAAACGAUCAGAGCGGGAUUACCAGCAGAAGAUAGCAGAUGGUUUGGUUCUUAAUGAGCCUGCAGCCAAGUGAGCGAUGGUGGGACUUAAUGUGGACUAAGGACACCUUCUUGGACUCUCUGACUUGUUUCCUACAGGCUGGACUGUACUUCAUAGCAUGUCGCAACAACUGUAUCACAGUUAUGAAGGAGUCAAGAGUGUAAGGCUGAUGGAGAAGCAUGCAAGUUUAUCUUUAAUAAGAACUAUUAGCAGUAAUAAUCAUCUCAACAAUGGUCUCAUAUCGACAUGUUCAUAUCAUAGCACAUGCCGAGACAAAACCGUCUCAACUAAAUUGCAACAAAAUAAAAGAUACAGAAAUGAGUCUUUGUAUGUAGAGACAUCACAAUCUGCCAGUAUCUGUGCAACAUCAUCUAAGAUAAGAAACAAUCCUUGUUUAAAUAUUGUUUUUCUGUAAUGAUAUGACUUCUGUCUGCUUCUAAGAGAUCGUACACUGUACACUAGAGUUGACUACAUUAAAUGUAACAUAAGAACUA